CUCUGUACCAAGCUGCCUGUUAUUGGCUCAGAGUCGCAAACCAACCGUUCGUGCAGCGUUGUUUGACCGGCACGCUACUGACGCCAGGCUGUAAAGAGUAUGUCGACACUAGACGAUGAGUAAGGCAGCUGACGGUCUACGCAUAUAUAAACGCAUAGAAUCAUUUCAAGGCAGUUGCCUCUGAGUUAAUUCUUCGCCUCAGGAUCUCAAGCAGCGUAGAACAGCUCCUAUCGUAGACUUUUUCCACCAUGUCCAUACCACCCCCAGAAUCAGGCUACGCCUUCGUCGGCCUCUCAAACCUACACAACGACAUCUACCACUCCAUCUCCGCCAAAGAAACUCCCACUCUGCACCAACCUGGCAAGGUUAUCCUCAUAACCGGUGCUGGCCGAGGCAUUGGCCGCGCAAUCGCCCUGCAAUACGCUCACGCGGGCGUCGCCGGUAUCAUCCUGUGUGCUCGUACCAACGACCAAUUGGACGAAGUCGAGUCCAGAAUCAAGGCGAUUAACGCAGAUAUCCGUGUACGCAAGCAGUCUAUCGAUGUGUCUUCGGAUUCUGCUGUUGCUGCACUCGCCAAAGAGGUGGAGAGUGAGGAAGAUCGGUUGGAUGUCCUAGUCAACAAUGCAGGCCACUCCGCAGCUUGGAUCCCGCUCCACGAAUCCAACCCCUCAGAUUGGUGGCGCACGCAAGAAGUCAAUUUCAAAGGCCCGUACCUCUUAACCCAUGCCUUCCUGCCCCUACUGUUAAAAACCGCUGAGAAGACCGGGCAUGUCAAUAUCGUCAACAUGUCGAGCAUGGGCGCGCUUCAGGUAAACGCAAUUGCAUCGUCGUACAACUCGAGUAAACUGGCACUCUGUCGAUUGACGGAACAUACCGAUGUCGGGUACGCAGACAAGGGAGUCAACGUGGUGAGCCUGAAUCCCGGAGGUGUGGUGACAACUUUGGCGAACCAGGAGAUAGAGAUCCUGAAGCCUUACCUGAAUGAUACCCCUGAGUUGUGUGGUGGGUUUGUAGUCUGGUUAACUGCUGAGCCGAGGAAAUGGCUGGGUGGACGGUAUGUGGCUGCGCCGUGGGAUGUUAAUGCCCUGGAGCAGUUGAAGGACGAGAUUGUCAAUGGUGAUAAGCUGAAAGUCAAACUUGUAGUCUGAACAAUCAGCGACGAAGGCUGGUAUAGUAGUUGAGGAUCGAAGUAGGCCAAAUUUCCUACGCUCAGUUACGAUUGAGCAUCCGCUUUGUGUUGCUCUCAAUGGACAGCGCACCCAUUAACCAAACGAAUCAAAACUCCGCGUAUCAUACUCCUUA